AUGAGGGAUGGCAAACCAUGUCGUACAUGCGUAGACAUGAAAACGUGGAAGCGCUUGGGCAAAGCUGCCGCAGCAAAGACUUCUGAACAAACAGCUUCGGUAGCUAAGGAGAGCGAGACAAAAGAAACAUCUAAUACUAAAGGCGAAGCCAUUGCUUCCAGUGCACACGAGGACAAGGUGUCUACACCAAGUGACAACGCAGAAUGGCAACGAAAAAAUUGCCCUCCAGACGUGGAGGCACUUGGAAGUUCGACUUGGACUUUACUACACACCAUGGCUGCUUAUUACCCGGAGCGACCUGCGCCAUCUCAAAUGGAUUCCAUGAAGAUGUUCUUUGAAGGAUUUGCUCAACAUUACCCAUGCUGGUUUUGCAAGGAUGAUUUCCAAAAGUCAGUAGCCGCCAAUCCAAUCCAAGUGGGAAGUCGCAAGAAACUGAGCCAGUGGCUGUGCGAUCGUCACAACGAGGUGAACGAGAAGCUUGGAAAGCCAAAGUUCGAUUGCUCCAAAGUGUUUGAGCGUUGGUUAGAAGGACCUCCUAAUGGCAAAUGCGACUGA